CUCUUUUCUCAUGAAUGAGCAGCUGCUGCACUAUAUAUAAGUGAUAUGUUUAUCACACCGAAUAAACAGAACGGGUAUAAAAUGCUGCUGUCUGCCUGCUACUGCAUUAAUACUUCCUGGGGAUUUGAGGGCAUUUGGCAACAUGCUUGUGUGUAAGGUGACUGUGGCUCUUUGGGCUCUGCUGCUGCAAUGUUCUGCAGAUAAGGAUCCACUCGCUCAUCUGUCUGUGGGAGAGCGGAUCGAGAGAGUAAACAGUAACACCGUUUAUGGUGUAGACGAACCGGAGCUGAUCGAAGGAGACAUUGCUGUUUCUGAUGAUAGCGAGAAAAACGCUGAUCCCUGCACCUCCCGCGGUUGCAUGUGGCCAAAAUCGGCUAACGGAAGAGUCUACAUACCUUAUGUAAUCGCCAACCAAUACACUGAUCGGGAGCGACAGAUCAUUGAGCGAGGCCUUGAUUCUUUCUCCUCCGUCACCUGCAUCCGUUUUAUUCCACGCUCCAAUGAGAGGGAUUACAUCAGUAUUGAGUCUCUCUCUGGAUGCUACUCUAAAAUUGGACGCACAGGUUAUGCCCAGACCUUGUCCCUGGCUCGUAGUGGCUGUGUCUACUAUGAUACCGUCCAGCAUGAGCUUCUUCAUGCUCUGGGCUUUAAUCAUGAACAGACUCGCAGUGACCGAGACAGCUACAUCCGUGUUGCCUGGGAGAACAUCAUUGAGGGCAAGGAGCACAACUUCAACAAGAAGGCCACUCUGAACCAGGAUACAUCUUAUGACUACAACUCUGUCAUGCAAUACCACAAAACUGCUUUCUCUAAGAAUGGCCUGCCCACCAUGAUCCCCAUCCCUGACCCCAAUGUGCCUUUCGGAACAGCCACUGAGAUGAACAAUAAUGACAUCAGCAGAGUCAACAGGCUCUACCAGUGCUAAACUCCUGAGUGAUGCCGAAAGGAAGUCUUUCAAGUGGCCUUGGAUUGCAUAAUUACCAUAAAAGAAAAAGUACAAAAAUGACUAAUGGUUGUGUCCACCAUGUUAUUAAUGUAAUUAUUUUUAACAGUAAAAUAUCUUCAGUUUA